UUUAGAAAUAACUGAAGCCGCCAUGUUUGCUGAUGAUACAAGCUUAACUGCAACUGGGGAGUCUUCUUUUGAAAUUGAACACAAAUUGGGGAUGGAAAUCCAAAACGUUAAGACUUGGUUAGAUGCAAACAAAUUAACAUUAAAUGAAGAAAAAACCGAGUAUAUGCUAAUCGGCUCAGGAAAGCGCUUAAAACAGAUCAGAAAUGACCCUAUUAUUAAAAUUAGAGAUCAUAUAAUUAAACGGGUUUACAAGAAAAAGGUCUUAGGCUUAGAAAUAGACGAUAAAUUACAAUGGACCAAACAUGUUGAAAAACAAACUAAAAAGAUUUCUUGUUCUAUAGCUAUGUUACGAAAA